AUGCGAGCACAGUUGGAUGACGACGCAAAAAUCCGAGCGGCCUGCAAGUAUGUCUCGUUAGACGAGGCAGAUUUUUGGAUGGGUGUGAUGGAGCGAGAGACCUAUAAGCAGUUCAAGACUGCGGUCAUUGCAUUGUACCCGGGGGCGGAGGAUGACCAUCGCUACAUGCAGUCCGACUUAACUCAGAUUGUACGGGCAGCACGGAUGAGAGGAGUGUCCAGUCGCGUGGAGGAGGGACAGUACUAUCGGGACUUUACUCGCGUCGCGUUGUUCUUAUUGUCCAGGGGUCGACUAUCAACCUAUGAGCGGGACCGGCUGUACCUUGAGGGAUUCGAAGCGUCCCCCUUACAUGCUAUCAAGAAUCGACUGGUGAUUAAGGUUCCCGAUCAGAACCCGGACAAUCCGUACACAAUAUCGGAAGUCCAUUCCGCAGCACAGCACAUUCUCAGUGGGAGCGGGAGUGCAUCGAGCACUGUGGCUGUGUCGAAGCUGAGCACAGGGACGGUGAAGUUGGAGGGGAAUGAGACAGAUGCGAUGCGGUUUCUAGCGAACGUGUUGCAGCAAGCGAUGCAAACAUCGGGAGGGGGACAGGCACCGGUAAUGCAGGCCAACAUUCAGGCGGCGGUCACACAAAACCCUCUUCCACAAGCUCUGCGUGCCUGUAACUUCUGUCUAGCCAUCGACCAUUUCAUGAUCAUUCUCCCGAACGGGCAGUUCGUUCCUCGUGACCUACCGGGAUGUAGCAUGGCAGAACGCGUUGAUGCAUGGCAUGAUAUGUAUCCGGGGAACCUUUUCGGCGAUGGUCUGGGGCCGUCUGCAGCGCCUCCGCCCAACGUUUCCAGGGAUGGGCGUGACCAGCCUCCGCAUAUGGUCAGCCUAUGGGAGAUCGCGAAAGAGGCACUUAACCCCAAGGAACCAUCAUCGGCGUACAUUGAGGAAUGUCGUGACGACUCCGCGAUGUCAGUGUUAGAAGCCAAUGUGGCUCCAAAGAAAAAGACAGUUCGGUUCGAUGACAGCGCCGCGGGGAAGUCUGCAAAGCGUCCUCCUGGUGUUCCGGCCUCCCAGGUCCCCGCGUCAAUUCUCAAGCCAGCGUUGGAUCCAUCUGCAGCGCCCAGAGGAGGCGCAAAGGCAUCUCUACCAUCUGCGAGAAACUGCACUAUGCAAUACAGCUAUAAGACGCCCAUGGAAGACAAGGUGAAUGUGCGGGAUAUAUUCGAGCGCGUCCAAAAUGAAGUCCACAUCUCACUUACACAUCGGGAACUGAUGGCAUUGUGCCCGGAGAUCCGCAAGCUUGAGAAGGAGGAGAUUACUGUGAAGCGAGUAGCGACGAUGGGAAGCUUUGAGGCUGCGGAUGGCGAGGAGGUUGCGGAGGCUCUCUUAGUGGACGUGAGCGACGGCGGCGGACCACUCGUGGUGGCUGACAAUUCUCUUCCAUUGCGAGCAAUUGACGCCCUGGUUGAAGGCAAGGAAUCAGCGGAAUGUAUCCUUGACCAAGGCUCACAGAUCAUCACAAUGCGACGGGACAUCUGGGAACACAUCGGGUCCACACUGCAGUCCGAGAAAACACUCAACAUGGAAGCAGCUAACAUGGGUAUCAACCAGAUGCUCGGUCGCCUCGCUAACAUUCGAUUUGGUCAUGCUUCCCACUCACGAGCGUUGCCCAAGGCCACGGCCGACGCCACUUCCAGGAAUGGGUUUUCAAGACUCGAGGAGUCGGGCUUGAUCCGAGGAGGGUCCACAAUGAACAGGCACCAGCAUGCUAGCGAUACCCUUAAAAUGACAGGACACGUCGGGGAGCGGUCCCUCAUGGAUGGUAGAGUUCCCCAUAUUCCAGAAUCAGCGUCUUCGGUUUCCUCUCUCUCUUCCUCUAUGGCUGCGUUCUCCUCUCUCUCUUCCUCUAUGAAUUCGUUUCCCUCUCUCUCGUCCUUUGCGGCUUCGGUUUCCUCCCUCUCUUCCUCUGAAGAAUUAUUUCCUCAGAUCGUUUCAUUGCAAAUCGAAGAGCCCCGCGUUCUUUAUACCCUUUCCUCAUCUUUUUGCAGUAUCGGAGCGGCCAGCGGUGUCACCACACCUGCGGUGGCCCCUGGCGCAUUCCAGAUAGAGCACAAGGCCGUAGUCCAUGGUUAUGGAUAUAAAAAGGUUGACAAGCGUGUCAAGCCUGUUCCAGGAAUACUGGCGGAUGAGUUCCGGAUCAUGCGGCACGUUCCCCACGACCCCAUGAAGAAUCUCCCAUCACUCCCCUUUUACCCACCAGACUUCAUCGGCGGAUCACAUUAUACAGAGGAACGACGGCGGGACCUUAAUAUCAACAGUGACGGGUUUCUCUGGGAGGAGGAGGUGAAGCUGUUCAAUCACAUCCUCUAUCUCCAUGAGCAAGUGUUUGCCUGGGAUGAGUCCGAAAAAGGGAAAUUUAGCGACGAAUAUUUCGAACUGAUCCGAAUUCCCUAUCAGCAGCAUGUCCCUUGGGCAUUGCACAACAUUCCUAUUCCGCCGGAAAUCCGCGAGCAAGUUAUUCAAGUUAUUCGUGAUAAAAUUGCAUCAGGUGUAUACGAGCCAUCGAACUCAUCCUACCGAUCACGCUGGUUCUGCGUCCUGAAGAAGGAUGGGAAGUCACUACAUUUGAUUGAGGAUAUAGCGGAGGUGUUCGGUGGAUGCUCUUGCUAUGCGAGCUUCGACCUGUUCAUCACGUUCGACCAAAGGACUCUUCACCCGGACUCCCGUGACCUGAUGACCUUCCAGAGCCCGCUCGGAGCACUCCGCCUGACCACCAUUCCGAUGGGGUAUACCAACUCAGUCCAGAUCAUGCAUGGCGAUGUGACCUUCAUUUUACAAGAUGAGAUACCACAUGUCACGAUUCCCUACAUCGACGAUGUCCCUGUAAAGAAUGGGACAACGCGAUACGAGACGUCUGACGGAGGAUACGAAGUCAUCCCCCAGAACUCCGGAAUACGUCGCUUCAUCUGGGAGCAUGCAGAGAACGUCAAACCGCGUGAUUCAUUGUCUGGAGAUGGCCAGUGCGACGCUGUCGGGAAAAAAAUGCAACAUCUGUGGACCGGAACUUGA